GGCGCCGGCGCCAUUUUGCCGGAGCCUGUGACCGAGUGGGAGUGGAGUAGAGCGGCCGUUGUUGCCGACUCUUUCCUCUUCCCUGCGGUCGAGUCAGCGGGUUAAGUAGGCCAUCGGCCCUCGAGCCGAGACUUGUCUCUUACUUAGUUCUGGGGAGCGUCUGGUCGACAUGAGUGAUGUAGAGGAGAACAACUUCGAGGGCAGAUGAGCGGCCGCGUCUCUGUUGGAACCGGCAGCGUUGCGUCUAUAAAGGCGAAAGCCUUGAGGUUGAAGGUGGGACGAGCCUAAUGAAGUGGUUAAUGUUCGUGAAGAAAUUGAAGAGUUUUUUCCAAGAAUGUGGAAGAUAAAUCAAGAUAAAAGAAGGCUAAUGAAAAGUAUUAAAGAUCAGAAAAUUAAAAUUGAAUGGGGGAAAAAAUUGAACAGAAGAUUGGUCAGAUAGAAGCACUUGAAUAUUUUUUUUAAGGCUAUUUUGAAUUGUUUGAAUUGGGGAAGAAUACACGAAGUAUGAAAAAUGAAAAAAUGAAGAAUGAAGAGAAGUAGAAAGCAAGAGUGAAGUAGAAUUAAAAGAAUCUGGAAGAAUGAAUGGGUCCUAGGUUAAGUAAAUGAGUCUCGCUCUCAGUCAAAAUCUCCAACGGGAACUCCUGCUCGUGUAAAAUCGGAGAGCAGGUCAGGAUCUCGUAGUCCAUCAAGGGUUUCCAAACACUCUGAAUCCCAUUCUCGAUCAAGAUCAAAAUCCAGGUCAAGGUCAAGGAGGCAUUCUCAUAGACGUUAUACUCGAUCCAGAUCCCACUCUCACUCUCAUAGGAGACGAUCUCGAAGUAGAUCAUAUACACCAGAAUACCGGCGGCGAAGGAGCCGAAGCCAUUCUCCAAUGUCUAACCGGAGAAGACAUACUGGCAGCAGGGCAAACCCAGAUCCCAACACUUGCCUUGGAGUGUUUGGCCUCAGUUUGUACACAACAGAGAGAGAUCUUCGUGAAGUAUUUUCUCGAUAUGGACCAUUGAGUGGUGUCAAUGUGGUUUAUGAUCAGCGAACGGGGCGAUCUCGAGGAUUUGCUUUUGUAUAUUUUGAGCGAAUAGAUGACUCAAAGGAGGCUAUGGAAAGAGCAAAUGGAAUGGAGCUGGAUGGUAGAAGAAUUCGAGUGGAUUAUUCUAUCACCAAGAGAGCGCACACACCUACACCAGGCAUCUACAUGGGCAGACCAACCCAUAGUGGUGGUGGUGGUGGAGGAGGCGGCGGCGGUGGAGGUGGAGGUGGUGGCAGACGUCGAGAUUCUUACUAUGAUAGAGGUUAUGAUCGUGGGUAUGACAGAUAUGAAGACUAUGAUUACCGGUACAGAAGACGAUCACCUUCUCCUUAUUAUAGUCGAUACAGAUCACGAUCACGAUCUCGUUCCUACAGCCCAAGACGCUACUGAAAACGGAAUGGUUGCAAUUAAGGACAUUUUUCCUCUUUUUUUUUUUUAAAUUCUGAGAUUUCCCCAAGCUUCGGAUUCUUCCUACUCGUUAAGAAAAAAAAAAAGCUUUGGUUUAUUUAGCAUCUACACUUUUGUCAAUUGUGUUGCUGUUUUCCACCCUUUUUAUUAUACUCUUAAAGAUGUAAUUGUCAUUUUGAAUAGUUAAAUGUCUUGAGUAUAACAGGAACUCCAGUGUUACCCUUUGUAUUUUUAUUAUUAUUAUUAUUUUUUUUUGCUUUUGCCGAGAUAAACUUCUGGCUAAUCAAAUAAGGAAAAAAUUGUGUUUUUAUAGCUUCUUUUGUGUUAGAUAUUGUAUUAGAGAUCUGCAUUUAUGAGUAGCUCAUUUUUUAACUUUUUUUUUGGGGAAUAUAGUAACAUAUGAAGUAAUUCAUUCAUGUCAGGUUUGUCUGGGGUGGCAUGGAACAGUCAGGUAGUUGAGUGUAGAAAGUUUGAAGCUAUAGAAGAAAACACUUGGAUACAUCUUUUGAAGAACGGGAUUUUUGAACCCUAAAAAUUAAGUCUUUUUUUUUUAAGAGAUGAAAAGCUUGUGGGCUCCUGUAAAACAUGCUGUAUUUGAAAUACAUCUGUUAAAACUUAAAAACUGAAGUGUGAUUUUUUUUGUUGUAAAAUUUAUUGAAGUUUAUUACCUUAAUUAGUGAAGGAUAGCUCUUAUUUAUUACCUAGAGCAGUUGUAUAAUUUGCUGUUAGAAAUUUUGGUAUUGAGACAGUGGAUAAAGCAGGUUAUCAUAUAGUAUAGAGUCCUUAGAAGAUACCUGUGGGGAAAAGUAGUCUCAAAUAAAAGUUAAUUUCUUUGAAAA